UGCAUGGAGUGGAGGAUUGUGCAUCAGUCUAUUGGCGCUCAAAUGGGUUAUUGCGCACACAGCAGGCUAAACUAGCAGCGGCUCCAACUACGAACCAAGUGUGAAGGCGUCCUAUUUCUGAGCGUCAGACGGAGAUCAGGGGUCUGGACCGCUGCGGAAACUUGCCUCUAUUUGAUUUUCUCCUCUAGCCUAAGUGAUGCUCAGUAUGCGGAUCGACUCUGAGGCUGCAUGAACUGCGAAUUUUCACAUCUGAGGGCAGUUUAAUGUGCUCUUCAUCCAUUUAUUACAGAGGAUUACUCCUUCUCUCACUGGCGAUGGGUUCUGUGAUGUUGGACUGGAGGUUAUCAUGUCUUCUUCUGCAGGCAGCUGUUUUGCUGCUGCUCAGCAAGGGGGAGAGGAUGUGCCCUGCAAGUUGUCGCUGUGAAGGAAAGAUUGUUUAUUGCGAAUCUGGCAUCUUCCAUGACAUCCCAGAAAACAUCACCACAGGAUGCCAAGGUCUGUCUCUGCGUUAUAAUAACCUAUUGGUUUUGUUGCCAUACCAGUUUGCUCAUCUCAAUCAGCUUAUCUGGCUUUAUUUGGACCACAACUCCAUCACUGCUAUAGAUGCUCUAGCCUUCCAUGGUGUGCGCAGACUCAAAGAACUGAUCCUCAGCUCCAACAAAAUAACCCAUCUGCACAAUAACACAUUCAGCGCCAUCCCAAACCUGCGAAAUCUGGACUUAUCCUAUAAUCAGCUGCAGUCUCUGCAGCCGGGACAUUUUUAUGGUCUGCGUAAGCUACAAAACCUCCACCUUCGAUCUAAUGGACUCAAACAGAUCCUUGUUCGUACCUUUCUGGAAUGCCGCAGCCUGGAGUUUCUAGACUUGGGUUAUAAUCGCUUGCGGAGCCUCACCCGCACAACAUUCUUAGGGCUGUUCAAGUUGAAAGAGCUUCAUUUAGAGCACAAUCAAUUUUCUAGGAUUAAUUUCUUCAUUUUCCCACGCCUUACCAACCUCCAGGCUCUUUAUUUGCAAUGGAACCGCAUACGAUCCAUCAAUCAAGGGGUGCCCUGGACCUGGCACAAACUACAGAGAUUGGACCUUUCAGGGAAUGAAAUCCAAAUGUUGGACCCAGCUGUUUUCCAGUGUAUGCCAAAUUUACAAAUACUCAACCUUGAAUCGAACAAACUCAGUAGUGUGCCUGUGGAAGCUGUGGCAGCCUGGACAUCGCUGACAACCAUCAGCCUGGCUGGUAACGCCUGGGACUGUAGCCCUAGCAUCUGCCCACUCAUGGGAUGGCUCCAAACCAUCAGAGACUCCAAAGACAUCAGCAUGAUAUGCAGCAGUCCCAAGUCUGUGCAGGGCGAAAGGGUUGUGGACAUAGUGAGGAACCAAUCAACGUGUGUGUUCUCAACCAUUGCUCCCAUUAUUCUGACUACAACCCCAGUUGUGAACAUCACAACUCACCCCUCUCCCCCUGGUGUUACAGAGCUGGCUCGCACUGAGUCACCUGUACAGAGAUUAACUGCCUCACCUGUUCGCCCCAGUGGGACAGACAGAAAGACAACAGAGUUCACAACCCCAAGCUCCACAUCACCCAUCUCCCUUGAACCCCCUACAUCGUUUAUCCCAGAGCUACCGUUUGAACAUAUGGCUUUCCAUAAAAUCAUUGCAGGCAGUGUAGCCCUGUUUCUGUCAGUGUCAUUGAUCCUCCUCGUUAUUUAUGUCUCCUGGAGACGUUACCCCAACACCAUGAGGCAGCUGCAGCAGCACUCAGUCAACCAUAAGCGCAGGAAAAAAGCCCGGAAGCAGGAGCAGGACUUAAACUCUCAAUUGCAAGAAUACUAUCUGAGCUACCACUCGAACUCAGAGACAAUGGACUCUCUGGUGAAUGAGACAAGGCCGUGCACAUGCACCAUAUCAGGGUCCAUAGAAUGUGAGGUCUGAGUUGCCCACUCCACCUUAAGAGUAAAGUGUUAUUGCUAAGCAGAAGUAAACGUUUUUUCCACGAGAUUAAAUGGUUUUAUCUCUAAUAUGAGAUGAUAGAUUCUGCAGCACUGCAGGAAAUACUUGGGGGCAUAGUACAAUAUAAUUAUGUGCACAGAAAAGAAGACUGGAAUGGAGAGAUAUAUUUGGAGAGACCUAAUUAUCACACUGACUGACAUGAGAACGGUGGCAGGGUCAGCCAGGUUAGCUGUGUAUGAUCCAACGAAAUGAGUGGACCUCUGCUACAGUAGUGCUCUUCAGAGAGAGAGUGACCUUAUUCUUAGUUAAACUAUAUUGAUCUGAUAAGACAUAUGAACCAACCAAGCCACUUUUUAUUUGCUAGUUUUGAUUUUUUUUUUAUUAUGUAGCUUGUAAAGCAUUUAGGGUGUAUGUGAGCAUUGUUGAGCAUAUGCUUGUGUACAUAUAUGUAUGAAUGUGUGUGUGUGUCAUAUGUGUGAGUUGAUCAUUUCAUUUACUGGCUUCUGGUUGGAAGAGUUACAGUGUUGCACCUUAUUCCCACAGAUGCUAUUUGUGCAGUUAUACUACUAGUGCAGCAAUUAGAGGUAGCACUUCCACAGAAAAUGGGGGGAAUAAUCAUAUAGAGAGCAUCCUGUUCUGAGAUAUUUUGCAUGAUUUCAUUUUCCUUACUUAUGAUGCUUCUCUCUUUUAUCAAAUUAUCAGUUCUAAUUGACGAUUAAGUUGCAUUUCAGUUCGCUGUGGCUCAAGCUGCACCAGCUAACGAUAUUUAAAACUCACAGUUCCAAUCUCAGGACUGAUAUUUUUUGAGCUGUAAAAAACGGUCAGGUCCGAUGGAGGCUUUGAUGUG